UAUGGGCAACUACAACUACGCGUGAACAUGCGUGAAGCGUAUGUAGUCGACACAGUGUUUGUCAUAACUUAAUAGGCCAUUAUUUUAUUAUAUAUUUGUUAUCUUUCUUGUUUUUGUUCAUGGUUUCAGUCAGCUAAUGUUAUGCUAACGUUACUUUGAUAGUUCCAUGGAGGCUCUAUCUAUCGUUAACGCAGGAGCUGCGUCACAAUAACGCGCUUAAUUCCGUCUGCAAUGGUUGUCGAGGUCGAACACUUCUUCGGGGUGUACAUGUUGUUCUGCACCAAUCCUCAGUUCAAAGGUCGGAUUUAUAUCGGCUUCACCGUGAACCCGGAGCGCAGGAUCGGCCAGCACAACGCCGGCCGGCAGCGAGGGGGAGCCAAGAGGACCAGCGGGAAAGGCCCGUGGGAGAUGGUCCUCAUCAUUCACGGCUUCGCCUCGGAUGUUGCUGCCCUUCGUUUUGAGUGGGCGUGGCAGCACCCUCACUCCUCCAGGCGCCUCUCCCACGUGCCCCGGCGCUCCAGGAAGGAGUCGAGCCUUCGGUUCCACUGGCGCGUCGUCUCCAACAUGCUGCGGGCGGCGCCCUGGAGCCGCCUGCCGCUGACGGCCCGCUGGCUCAAACAGGAGUACCGGAUGGACUUUGAGCCCGGCCUGCAGCCGCCGCUGCACAUCCCCAUCGCCUUCGGGAGCGUGAGGGCCAAGAAGAAGCUGCAGUCUGCAGGAGAGGAAGAGGAGGAGGAGGAGGAGGAGACAUCCAGGUGUUUUCUCUGCAAAGAGACGGUCAAGGCGUCCGAGAAGCUGAGCUGCUUCCACGCGUCCUGUGGGACGAGCGUUCACGUGAUCUGCCUCGCCAAACACUUCCUGAAGUCGGAGCCGGCCCACCUGCUGCCCGUGGAGGGCGACUGUCCGGCCUGCCGCCGCCCGGUGCUGUGGGGGAGUCUCAUCCGCCACAAGCACCGCUGCUCCGGAGAGCCGGAGGAGGUCACGGCGUCCCAGAGCCACUGGGCAGACGAGCUGCAGCUGACGGAGCCACAAAACCUUUUAUCUCCUUGUGUCAUUCGGUCCGAGAUAAUACUGUAGCGGAUGUGAAAUGAAUGUGUAAUGAAUGUGUAAUAGACGUAUAGUGGACGUUUGAUGGACGUGGCUUUCUAUUCAAACUAUCAUGUUUAAAACAUUCCGUGUUCGUGGAAAAGCCACGUGUAAUGUGUGUUACCAAUAAAGCAAGUUUAUUCUA